UUCUUAAGAAACAUAUUGACGUCAACUAAUUUUAAAAAGCUGGAGAAAGUUGGACAAGAAGUGAAGGCGGUGCAAGUCAAGUAUUGAAAUCAAACAUAGCUUCAGUUUAUUCUGAUGGAUGUUUGUUGUCAUACUGACUGCACGUGUGAAGAUUUCGAGCGUUCGUCCGCAACUCACCUUAGUAAACUGGCUAACUUUUGUUUACUUUUGAACAACGAGAAUAAAACACAAAGGACACUUGUCAUGGGGAUGUUUGGCUUUACCAUCGAAAAUUCGACGUUUCCCUCCAUCCAGCCAUGGAAAUUCGGCCAGGACUACUGGUGCUCGUUUGAACUAUACCCUGAAAGGACGGGAAAAACAUUCUAUAUAUUCAGAGGAAAGGCCUACCACCAAAAAGAUUAUUGGUCCGGUACUAUGGUGGCUGUGAAGACGUUCCGACAUCUAGAAGGUACGGUCAGUGAUUGGAUGCCGUACAAAGAACGCUGUGACGUAACAAGAAAGCUGGUGGCUGACUUCAAUAAACAUUUAGCAAGCAUAACGUGUGACACCAAGCUUACUUUCAUCAAACCUAUAGAUGCCGUAAUGGACAGCCUUUCUGACGUCAUGAAAAUUACGCGUUUUUUCAUGCGCUACGACAAAAAAUUCGAAAACAAUGAAGUCGUCCUUUUCGAAGAGAUUUUAGAGGGUGAUUUCAAAAUAUUUGUUGAUGCCCAUGGCUUAGCGACAGGAAAUGGUUCAGAAGUACUAGACGCAUUUUGUCAUUUCACUUAUCACGUUUCCAAAGAAAAUUUAGUGGUAUGCAACCUAAAAGGCAUUGAAGAGGAGGGAGAGUACAAACUAACCAAUCCGACAAUUCAUUCACGUGACGGUUGUUAUGGUGAUAAGGACAAGCGUGAUGUAGGGAUCAGUGACUUUUUCCGUAACCACAUCUGCAAUUCAUUGUGUGAAAGCUUCAUAAAACCAGACACUUUGCACGUGCAAGAAUGGUACGAGGAACCAUGUGCUCCAAAUCACUGUUGCACCAGCGAUGACACCAUAAGCAAAGAAAGAGAAACAGAAGAAGGAAUGCCAUUUAUGGAACAAAAGAACAAUGAACGGGGACAGAUUUUUCUACCAGAAUAUACGUCUUCUGAUCCUCUUGGUCCGCCGUCAUAUGACACGUGCAUAAAUGGCAAAUGACGAAUUUACCCGUUGAUAUAUAUAGUUACAAAUGAAAUCUCUAUACCGUAAAGAAUAACACCUCUAGUGUUUCAAAUGAGAUCUAUAAUGUUACAAACAAGAGCUCUCUUGUUACAAAUGAACUAUAUAGUGAUACAAAUUAGACCUAUAGGGUAAAAAUGAGAUGCUUGCGGUCGUUUACAAAAGUUUGAAAAACGUAGUUACUGAUCUCUCAAAGGUGUUUCUGGACAUUCAGUUCCAGGUCACUUUACGAAAGUGCUAUGCAUAAAUAAAACAGCAAGUUUCACGUGCUUACACGCAAGGGAAUAUAAAAAAAUUAUGCCGUUUUUCCAGUGAUGCUCAAAAUGCAUAGUGAGCUCUAUAAGUGGGUAUAUUUUUGUGUUCUAAGUGAGGCUUCAUUUUUCACAAUAAUGGCUCUCCAAUUUUUUUUCACAAUAUAUUCAUUGUAUAUAUUUGUAAUAGAAUGAUUGACAUAUCUAUAAUCAGUCUUCUAUCUCUAGUUAUUCUUGUUUUCAAUUUAAAUUUAUUUAUUUAUUGUUUCGUAUGGGGUUUUUUGCAGGUGUGUGUUCGCUUUAUAAAUGAUCAAAUUUGGAACCAAAAAAUGUUAAUCUUCAUUUUAUUUAUAAAUAGAUGUAUACCAGACAGUGCCAUUUAUAUAAGCUUUUACCAAAGAUGUCCAGAAAAUACCAGUUAUAUAUAUACAUAGUCAAGGAGUUUUUGUGAUACAAUAUUUAGCAUAGUUAUUACUUUUACGUACUACAUGCACUUUAAAUAUACUUUUUACCCAACAUGGUAUGUGAGAUUACUUAAACAAUAGAAAUGGUCAAACGGAUGUAUUAAAUCGACAUAUUUAUUUUCAGGCUAGUUAUAGGUUAAAGGUCAGUAAUUCAAAUCCUUCUUUGUUUCAUAUAAAAACGACAACUUCAUGUCGUCUUCACGUAUCUUUAGAGAACAUCACUUUUUCCUACACCUAUUUUUCAUGAAAGUUCUAUCACAAAUUAACGAAAAAAUGAAAAGAAAAUAGGGGUUUAUGUAGUUCCUAGUGAAAUGCCAGUCAGUUGUGGUUUGCUACCCUAAAAAUGGCGCAUAUUUGCUCUCGUCCGCGCAAUAAACACCUACUUCUGGUUUCGAUCUGCAAAACUUGCCAUGUGGGGUGUAUAAACAUGAAAACCGUCUCAUUUCAUGCAGAAUGUAUUCUAGUAGUGAAAAAUGGUGAUUAAAGCACUCGUUCUACACGAAUUUGCGCCAGAUAUGGAAAAAUUAGGAUCUAUUUAUUAUGGUCUUCUUUCUUAUUCCUGUAAGUUAGGUAUUUGCCUCUUGCUGGGUGGCUACCCUUUAUGGAUAUAGUAAACUAUGGAUUUCUAACAACUGCCUGUUAAUGAUGACUUUUAAAUUCCAUUGAACCUAUCACAUUGUACGUUAAAAGUCUUUCUUUACUUGGCUCGAAUCUCUUUCCAGCUGCAUGCUUUUGUAUGAGAUGCACUGUAUAUUUUCAACACUUAUUGUAUUGGGGUUUUUUUUGUAGUGUUCUUUUCUGCUAUAUUUUUAUUAUACAUUCCUUUCUAGCUAUGUGCAAUAACUCUAACUCUACUAUAUGAAGAGUUACCGGCCCUUGCUUUUUUUAGUUGCUUUAGUUUAUACUGGUCUAUUUAAAUGUACUUUUGUCGAUUAUGAACAAAAAAAUGUUGAAAUGUGGCAGGUGUUUGCAAUUCUACUAUAUCGCUUUGUCUAUUCCUCUUUAUUAGGAAAAUACUUUUUAUUUUCUUUGAGUGUACUGUUCGAGAUGAUAUUUACUUACGGAAAUGUGUGGUAAAUGCAAAUAUACUAAAAAAUAUAAAGAUGAAAAUCUCAAAGGAAUAGCAGAAUUCGAAUUCUCUUUAAGCCGAAACUUAAUUUAUUAAGCCAGAUCUUUGCACUGGAGUUCAGUAUAUUUAUUUUUGAAAUGCUGAUAACUCGUCAUUUAAAGGUUGUUUUUUUUUUUGUUUCAUUACGUUUUAGUUUUGAAAUUGUAUUUGGAAAUAUAAACAGAAAGUCUUAUAUUUACAUAUGUUAUUGAUAGUCCUGUGAAUAAAUUAUUUGCAUUGUUAUUUCAUUAGAUGUGCUCUUUACAUUGUUUUGUUUGGAUAGUAUAUGAAGUUUGUUAGUAUAGAGUUAGAUUCCAAUUAUUUAUUUAAAUAUAUUAUAACCUUAGUUGUUGUGUUUAUAACCAAACUGAUCAAUAAUUUAAACUAAUUUAUUUUACAACAUAAUAUAGAAAACAAUAUUUUACAUGAUUUCCCUAGUGGAAGGCGUUGCUUGGUCUAAUGUGCCCAUUUUUCAUACAUUGAGAUUUUUAGAUUUUGAAAUUGUAUUUUACUACCAAUGUCAAACUUUAAGGCACAGACUGUAUCCCAAUUUUACUGCAUUUAUCUUCCUUUAAAUGAAUUUCAUGUACUUUCAUGUAACCGUUCAUCUUCAUUUCAUACAGAAAACAUUAAUCUUAGAAUCAUGAUAAUUAUUUUCAUUUCAUAGGAUUACCAUGUUCAACUAUCCAAAAAGGUAAAAGCUAUAUGAACCGUGCCAUGGGAAAACCAUGCGUUUGCGACCAGCAUGGAUCCAGACCAACCUGCGCUUCCGCGCAGUCUGGUCAGGAUCCAUGCAGUUCGCUUUCAAAGUCUUUUGCAAUGAGAGAAACCAUUAGCGGACAGCAUGGAUCCUGACGCAGUCUGGUCUGGAUCUAUGCUGGUCGGAAACGCACUGUGUUGGUUUUCUCAGGACACGGCUUAUAUGAUUUACCAAAGUAGUCUUACUUUAGAACGUUUUUCCUGCUCUCAAGUUUUCGAAUAUAAAUACUAGGGGUUACAAUUUUAGACCUAGUAAACUUGAUCAAUGAAAUUGGUCAGAAUGUUUGCCGCAAUAACGCCUUGUAUGAGGUGAUCUAGGUAAAAAAAAAAACGAAAAGGAUAAAUUUUGAACCUGAUAUUAAUACAAUUUGAUGAGAAUGCACGUCCUUUACAUACCAUUGUAAAUUUAAAAUUGAGCCAUCUACGGUCAAAAAGUCGGUCACAGGGUCAGAUCGUUAAAAAACGUUGCUAACAUUCUAUAGAGACCACAUUUUACUAGAUGUGUAUAACACAUAGCCAGAAUGUUUGUCUUCAUUAAAUCCAGGUAAAAUUUGAUAAGGGGAUUAGGGGUAAUAAAUUUGACCAUUAAAUAAAAUAAUUAAAAAAAAAAAAAGAAAAUUAAACGCUCUAGAGGCUCCAGUUUCUACAUGAUCUUUAUGAAAUCUUUUUAGAAUGUUCGUCAUCAUGUAAUAAGGUCAAGAUAGAAAAAUACUAGUAGGUUACUAGGUAAAAUUAAACAACAUUUUUGUCUACACCCCAGAAGCCACGAUUUAUAUCUUAUCUACAAGAAAAUUGGUUAGAUAGUCUUUACGAAAUAUAAUUAUGUAUAAUUUAAAAUAAACAUGGUGUCAAACACUUCAAGUAGUCAGGUGAGCGAUAAGGGAAAUUGUUGGCCAUCUUGUAUUCUGAUAUAGUUUGUGUAUUUAUAAGAUAUUUUAGAGGAUUCAAUAAUUUAUUGUCAUAACAGAGCAGCAUUAACAUAAAUUAUGUGUAUCAUUCAAUAAAAUUAAUAAAAUGCAGAUUUAAUUUU